AUGCGCAAGCAGAACUCGAUCAGACCUGACGGCGAUCUGAAAUUGUUCAGUCCUGUCCAUGCAGGACCACAUUUGCCCGGCUCUGUUUGUGUGGAUGAAGUAUUCGAGGAUUGCAAUAGGUGGCAAAUUACCGAUAUUGUGAUGCAGUCUUGCGUCCCACUUGUUCGAGUGCGAGAGUCGUCCGUGGAGACCGUCCACUUCCACCCUGAAUCCAGAGAGGUCCCCUUCUUUGUCGUCAUCAGUAACGUCCGCUCACAAGGCUUGGGCAACACACAACAGAAUGCUCUUCCCGUGUGCCAACUAUCCCGACUCCAAACCCUGGUCAAUGAUCUGUAUCCGGCGGACCACCAGCCACCUUACUUCUGGAUUGACACGGCAUGCAUUCCGCUCACAGAGCCAGGCAAGUCGAUGGCCUUUGAGCUUUUCGACGGAGUCUGCAGAUGUGCUUCCAUUGUGCUGGUUCUGGACUGCUUGAUCGAAGGAAGUGUCAUUACAGGGGGAUGCGACGAUCUCAGGGUCAAAAUGAAAUCAACGUGGUGGAGUCGCCUCUGGACUGUCAGUGAGGGAGCUUUGGCCCCAUCUCUGAGAUUCCAGUUCAAAGGUGGUUCAGUAAGUCUUGAGGCGCUUCUCGACCGGUGCCCAACCGACUUGCUCGGUCACGCUGCUCAUUUGAGCCUGACCUGUGCGGGUAUGCAAGACAUGCACUGCACCCCAGAGACAAGAGCAAAAGAGGAGGACUUUUUAGACGCAUCGUGUUUGUUCAAGCGGGAUCACAGAGUUUACCUAGGCAUCGCCCCUGGAACUGUCCGUGACCCUUCGAGACGCUUGAAAAAGGACCGGCUCAGGUCGCUACUCUUUGACGGCUACUGGGCCGUCUCGCGAUAUCAGUUGUUUCUGGCUCCGACAGAAAGAAUGCGGCUGGCUUUGUUGCGGCAAAAGAUUGAGGAAAUAUACCACGGCUUGACGUACGAGGCUUUGAUUGCGGAGCAAAGACUUUCUAUCGCUGGCACCAUCUGUCGCUUCAAUCUCUUGAUAUCACACAUGACUACUCUUAGUCACAUAGCUGCCCAAGCUGUCGAAAGGACGAAAGGAUAG